GCAUUUGCAUUCAAGACUUGUGAACAUAUCAAUGUGUUAUGGCUUAGUUUAUACAUUACUUGAAUUGUUUUGGGGUGCACUUUGCCACAUUUAUCACACAUCUGAAGUCCGUUUGAAUCAAACCACGGAUCUUGUGUCACUGUGCCAUGGAACUUACUAGUGUGGCUUUGUUCGCUGUUUUCAUAUUUUUGCUGGUCCUUCUAGCUCUAGUUCUCAAACGUCUCGGUCGAAAUGACCUUAACAUAACGUCAAGUUCAUUGGAGGGAAAGACGAUCAUCGUGACUGGAGCAGAGCAAGGCAGAGGAAUUCAUAUCACACUUGAACUGGCGAAGAGAAAAGCGCGUGUAAUCAUGGCGUGUGCAGAUGAAAACAAAGGAAAGACAGCUCGGCAAAAAGUUGUUCAAAGGACAGGAAACACAAAUUUUGUGGUCCAACACCUUGAUGUCAGUAUGAUGUCAUCUGUUCGGUCCUUUGUGGCGUUGUUUAAACUACACGAAAAGAAGUUAGAUAUCCUAAUAAACAACGAGGAAAUGAUAUCCAUCAAGAAAAAGAUGACAAACGAGCAGUUUGAAAUGGUUUUUGCCGCAAACUAUUUUGGACCGUUUUUGCUGACACAUCUUUUGCUAGAUCUGUUGAGGAGAUCCCAAGGGCGCGUUGUAAAUGUUGGCUCCGUUCUACCUAGUUCUACCGUGCUUGACUGUGGGAAUCUUAAAGCAGAGAAAUCUUUCCAUUUUUCAAGAUUUUACGAAUCCAAAUUAGCAUUGCUGAUUUUCACCAAAGAGCUUGCAAAACGAACUAUAAAUUCGGGCGUUGUUGCUGCCUAUGUUAAUGCUGGUCCAACGCAAACAGAACUCUGCCAGGACAUCUCUUGGCUGUUUCUACUUUUUCAGUCAAUUUACUCUGGACAAGGACUAAAGUCGGCGACAAAGGGGGCUCUGUCCGUGCUGUUCUGCGCCCUGGACGACUCUGUACAGACGGGUGGGUACUAUAUUGACGGUCAGCUCAUGGACCAUACACCUUUGGUACCUGCCUCUAUGUACGAUGAGGGACUGGCCAAGAAACUGUGGGAGGUCAGCGAGAGACUCACGGGACAGUCCGAUGUCAUGGGAGAACUGAAUGCACGAUUGGCAAAGCGGGGGCGUGUGGAAUAAUACAAAUACGAUUACCUGGACUUGUUUUGAUCUUCCGUUUUCAAUUCAAUAUCAGUUCUGUCUUUGAAACAACUAUAUAUAUUUUUUUCUUUUUUCUUUUUUGUUGAAACUUUAUGAUAUUACAAAUGUAAACAUUAUUUUGUUUUACUAGUACUCGGUAUAUGAUGUCAAAUAACAUAUAUGUUUUGACAACACUGUGAAGAAAACUUUGCACUCUAUAAUUAUGUAAUCAUAUGCUUUCUGGAUUAAACUUUGAUUGAGUUUUAGAGAAUUGCAAUUGAAUAUUUUGAGCAACUAUUUUCUACUCACAAAGGAAGCAAGUAGAAGGUCAAUUUUUUUAAAGGAAGUAUUUCAGAAUUUGUGUUACGUGAUCUUAAAUGUAGCUUUUUAUUUCCUUCUGUUCAACAUCGUUAUUAUUUUAACUCUUACAUAUGUACUUUGGUAUAAAUUCUUGUUGGUAAUUGUAUAGAAUCUGAGUAGAAGAUUGUGUAUGGGAUAGGGUAAAUAAGGUAAGUGUUUAUCAUAGACUAAUUGACAAUUUAAGAUCAAGCAAAAUUAAGCCAAUACUAAAUACCUGAGUUAUAAGGAAGUUUUGAUACUUUUUUUCUUCCCUCAUGAUCAUGUGUAUAACAUAUUCUUCCUUCAUUUGAUGCAUCAAGAGUAUAGGUAAAGAGGACUAAAAAAUAAUGUUCUUGAGAUUUCCUUAUGGCAAAUACUGUAGUAGGGAUAACGUCAAACGGCAUAAUGUUCCUUAACUUUAACCAUCUAAACAGUUAAACUGCAUAACGUCUCUACAUCAGUUCCGUUGUAUUAUUGAAUUCAAAUAUCAAUAUAUAUUUUUUUAAUUUACAGUAUAUAUUAACUUUUAAACAAAUUCACAUAAAUAGCUCAAUGCAUCUAUGAAGGUCUUUUUACACAGUUACAAUAUGAUGAAUUAUCAUAUUGAAAAGUGUACAGUGCGUGUUUCGAAAAUCCAAUUCCAGUCUAGUGAUAAAAAUAAUUUCAUCACAUGUUUAAAAUUUUUAUUUUAAAAACCUUAAAUAAGAAAAUCGUUAUAAAUAAAUUUAAAGCAAUAUAAUAGUUAAUUUAAAACAAAAUAUUAAAUACAUGUAUAAAUCUUGAAUACAACCGAAUCAUUGUACAAUAGAAGUAAUAUAAAUUUAUCGACUUAUGGUAGUAUACUGCACAGAAGUCAAUAUAUGUACUAGAUACAUCUUGUGAGUACCGAUAGAUGAAGAAUGACUAAUAAUGCUGAAGUAUACCACAACACCAUUACUACAUGAGACAUACUCUAUAGUAUUAAUUUACUGUAAACAAAAAUGCACUCUUUGAUGUAAAAUAAAAUUGGCUUAUACUAGUUUUCUAAGCGUAGAGGGUUUUGCAAAGGUUAACAAUUGAUAAAAAAUCAAUUGCCGGUUGUUGUCUCUUGAAAUUGUCUUGAAACAACAAAGCAUGGUGGUAAUAUAUGUU